GAAUUUGUGAGAAAAUCCCAUCGUAAUAUCCAUUAUUAUAGUGACGAUACGCAUCUUACGUACGAAAAGAGUAGACGCAAGAAAUGGAGUUGAAUGGGCCAAAUUCCGAGCUUUGUUGCAGCAAUUAAAUGCAUCGGGCUUUCUCAUUGGCUGCCACUUGGGGCCAAACAAAGUUCAGCAAUACACGCUCGUACCUUUUAGCACAGACGAAAGAGACAACGGUCAAAGACAAGGGUAGAAACUCCUUUCGACGGGAUCAUAUUGGAAAUCACUGACCAGAUUUGAACUGGCUGAAGAGUUUCCUCUUUUAAUGGUUGAAUAUACACAGCCUCGACAGCCGAAGCAGGAGGCCUUUUACGAACUCACGACCGCGUCUUGUGUCUUUUACUAUGCUUGAUAAGUUAGCUGUUAGCUUAGCAAGAAAUUCACUCACUCGCUCGUUCACGUUAAUGCAGCGCCUCUAACCUCUGGAGCAAAGGGGAGUACGGACAUAUGCUUUUGGUUUUUCAUGCUUUGUUUCUCCGAACGUCGCUUUUGGACGUUAGGACCGACGAGGGAAAAUAAAGUGGGAAGGAAUUAUCCACUAAACAAGGAAGUCAAAGUGAAAUAGGUUACUAGCCUGCGUCCUCGCGGGCAAACCCGCUCCCGCUACGACCAAUAAACAAGUCCCAAAAAAAAACAGUAAAGGAGGGCAGUCUCCUACUGUUGACGGAUUUGGUGUUGGCACACCAUUUAGCACUUUGUGCAACCGUCUUUUUUUUUUUUCUUCCGGAGACAGCCAACCAGACAUUACGGGCAUGAUUCCUGACAAAGUCCCGAACCGGGGCGUCUAUCACGGGUGUCCGGAGCUGAAGAGGGACGCUCACGUCCCCAGCUUCGAGAAGUACAAAGAGCUGUACGUGGAGUCCGUGGAGCAUCCGGAUGAGUUCUGGGGCGCCAUAGCUAAAGACUUCUUCUGGAAGACCAAGCCCACCGGCCCCUUCCUUGACUACAACUUCGAUGUAACCAAGGGAGAGAUCUUCAUCAAGUGCAUGGAGGGAGCCUCCACGAACAUCUGCUACAACGUCCUGGACCGCAACGUGCACGAGAAGAACCUCGGAGACAAAAUUGCCUUCUUCUGGGAAGGCAAUGAGCCGGGCGACGAGUUGACGGUGACCUACAGACAGCUGCUGAAGAAAGUUUGUCAGUUUUCCAAUGUUCUGAAAUCACAGGGAGUGAGGAAGGGCGACCGGAUAUCCAUAUACAUGCCCAUGGUGCUGGAGCUGGUCGUCGCCAUGUUGGCCUGUGUCCGCAUCGGAGCCGUUCACUCCAUAGUCUUUGCAGGUUUCUCAGCUGAAUCUCUGUGUGAGAGGAUUCUGGACAGCCAGUGUUCGUUGCUCAUCACAGCAGAUGGCUUCUAUCGAGGAGAUAAGCUGAUCAACUUGAAGAUCAUAGCUGAUGAAGCACUGCAGAAAUGCAGAGACAAAGGCUUCCCCAUAAAGAAGUGUAUAAUGCUUAAGCACCUAUCCAGAGGACCGGGAGAGGUCGUGGGUUCAAAUUCUCCUCCGGCCAAGCGUUUGUGCCCUGAUCUCCAGGAGAAACAGACUGGAAAAGUAAAGAAAAAGCGCACCCCUGUGCAGGUUCCCUGGAACCCAGAGGUGGACUUGUACUGGCACACACUGAUGGACGCGGCUUCGGACGAGUGCGAGCCCGAGUGGUGCGAUUCUGAAGACCCCCUCUUCAUUCUCUACACCAGUGGUUCAACCGGCAAACCAAAAGGAGUGCUUCACACGGUCAGCGGCUACAUGCUCUACACCGCCACCACCUUCAAACUGGUGUUCGACUACCAGCCCGAUGACGUGUACUGGUGCACAGCCGACAUUGGUUGGAUCACCGGACACUCCUACAUCACCUAUGGGCCCCUGGCCAAUGGGGCCACCAGUGUCUUGUUCGAGGGCCUGCCCACCUACCCGGACGUGGGCCGGAUGUGGGAGAUCGUGGACAAAUACAGCGUGACAAAGUUUUACACGGCUCCCACCGCCAUCCGGCUGCUCAUGAAGUUCGGCAGCGAGCCGGUGCAGAAGUACACGCGGAAGUCGUUGAAGAUUUUGGGGACAGUGGGAGAACCCAUUAACCCUGAGGCUUGGCAGUGGUACUACAAGGUGGUCGGCGAGGAGAGAUGUCCUAUUGUUGAUACCUUCUGGCAAACUGAAACUGGAGGACAUGCAUUGACUCCCCUACCAGCGGCUACACCAAUGAAACCGGGAUCUGCGACAUUUCCUUUCUUUGGAGUGGUGCCAGCCAUCUUGAGUGAGUCUGGUGAGGAGCUAGAGGGCCCAAGUGAAGGUUAUCUGGUGUUCAAGCGGCCAUGGCCAGGGCUGAUGAGGACGGUGUACGGAAACCACCAGAGGUUUGAAACCACCUACUUCAAGAAGUUCCCCGGAUAUUAUGUCACAGGAGAUGGCUGCCGCAGAGACAAGGACGGCUACUACUGGAUAACGGGGAGGAUAGACGACAUGCUGAACGUCUCGGGUCACCUUUUGAGCACAGCAGAGGUGGAGUCGGCUCUGGUGGAGCACGAGGUCGUGGCCGAGGCGGCUGUGGUGGGCCGACCUCAUCCCGUCAAAGGAGAAGCCCUCUACUGCUUUGUAACCCUCAGAGACGGAGCAGUGUACAAUCAGAGCCUGGAGGCUGAACUCAGGAAACUAGUGAGGGAGAAGAUCGGAGCCAUUGCAACACCGGACUUCAUCCAGAACGCACCGGGACUGCCAAAGACCAGAUCCGGUAAAAUCAUGCGGCGGGUGCUCCGGAAAAUCGCCUGCAACGAGACGGAGCUGGGCGACAUCUCCACGCUGGCCGACUCGGCCGUGGUGGAGGAGCUCUUCCUGAACAGAUGCGUGGCGGCCGUGUGAGGGCGCUCCCCGUCCCGCCGCUUCCACGCCACAGCAGCAAACCCCCCCCCAAACGGACGGAGGCCCGCCGGGUAAACUCUGGAGCUCUCGGCUUUUUAUUCGAAACGCGCCAAACCCAGCAGGCGGCCGAACUCCGGCUGCUGCCAAAUCAUUCCCAUUCCUUCCACAUUUGUAAUCGCAACUGAUCUCAAUAGAUUGCUUUGGGUUGUGGACAUCCUGGAGUCGGGCGGAAAAGCUAAAAGCUAAACAAAAGCAACCCACGGCCGUCUGUGGGUGUGUAAUCUGUAAAGUGCUACCACACUGGAACACUGAUGCCUAAUGCUGUCAUUUCCCCCCGAUGUUUAACUGAAAUCUGCCUUUUAAUCUGUAGUGUCGUCUUUAAAUAUAUGCUGUCCUUUCUCCGUUCGAUGGGAUUAGGCUGAAAGCUUGCGUAGAAGUUGUUUGCCGGCAUGCUCAUGUGUACUUUUUGUUUCCGUGUAUAGAUGUGUGAAAGUCUUCCGUCGUUUCUCACAGAAACCGGGGAGAAUGCGUUGUGACCGGCGCUGAACAUUUAUUGGCCGGCCGCGCUCAGGCGUGGGAUGUUUUAGGGGAAAAAAUGGCUAAUCCAAGAGCUUGUGUGGUAUUUAGAAAAAUUAAAUUGGAGAUAUUUAGUCCUCGUCAAUCACUGUGUUCUUCUUAUUGAAUUAAACGGUUUGUUUCGGUUGUAUUUUGGUGCAAAAAAUGAAUACAUAUUGCGCAAGUGAAAACAAAAAAAAGUUUCCUAGCUAAGGAUUCACUUCAAU